UCUAUCACCUGUGAUAACUCAGACAUUUACUUAAUUUUACAUUGCACUCCUGUAAAAUAUUAUAUUGGAUCAAAUAUAUGUGAUAGGAAGAUUUUUUAUUUUUAUUUAUUCAUUUAUUGCUAAAAUCCUUAGAACUCAAUAUUCCUAUAUAUUUUCCUGAUGGGGCUGAGGACAUAUUGUUAAAUGACAGCACAGUAAGAGCUGAAAAAAUGUGGACAUUGUACAUAUGAGAGAAAAAGAAUUAAACCAUCUGAACCUGCAGAGGUUUGAGCUAAAUUCUCUGCAGGAUUUUUGCUGCUAAAGGGGGAAAACAGGACAUACGAUCAGAGCAUCUCUAGCAGGGCCGUAGCCAGGAUUUUAGAGAUUCUGAGGUGCCCCCAGCCCCACCAGUCCAUCAAGGACAUUUUGAAGACUAUAGAAAAAAUAUGUGCAUUUCUUGGACAAGACCAAUAAUUGCUUAGGAAAUAAUAUCGAUGGGAGCAAAUAGAUUAAACUGGACGCAAAUUCCAACAGAAGAAGAAGAAAAUAAGUAAACAAAUAUUAUAAUAUAUUACAAUAGAUAUUAUAAUAUUAUUAACUACUCUCCUCCUGACAUGCUUAACAUUUUAUAAAUUUUAUAACCUUCGUUAAACAUCAGUUAAGCAAUUUCACAGUUAAGAAACAAAGAAAAGGUCCAUUAAACAUUUAUAAAGCAGUUGUAAAGAAAAGAAAAAAACAUCAGUUGCAACAUUUUAACAGCCAUCCAAAUAGUGUGUAUGACUGAACUAGAUAGAUAGAUAGAUAGAUAGAUAGAUAGAUAGAUAGAUAGAUAGAUAGAUAGAUAGAUAGAUAGAUAGAUAGAUAGAUAGAUAGAUAGACUUUAUUAAUCCCAAAAGGGAAAUUAGGUUAUCAUAGCAGCGGGUACAUUCAAGUGCAAAUACAAACAAAAAGCAGGCAGAUAUAAAACAAUAAAGUAAUAUAUACAAUAAAAUGCUUAAGUAGCUAUAAAAUGAAUUAAAAUACUGAAGUAGAACUACACAGUAUUUACUGUGCAUUUCAAACUUGUCUUUCCAAUUCAAAAAAUGCUAAUAAAAACUUUAUAAAGCAUUUAAUUGCUUCUUAACAGUGAAAUAAUCAUCAACUAAAGUUUGAUUCAAUAUAGAUGUGACAUUUUUUUUAAUUACAUGUGAGUGUUCGUUUUAACGAUAUGACAGAUAUCAUGAUGAGUAAGACCCAGAAAAAAAAAAAGAAAAAAAGUGGCCGGUUCGGGCCUGAUCUCCAGAGAGCCGGUGUGACUGUAUAAAACAAAGCCUGCGCUGGAGGAACAUCUGCGCACGGACGAUGCUCCUCUCCAACAUCACACCAGGCUCUGCCUCGGGAGGAGUUGCCCUCUCGGUGGACUUCGACAGUCCCGAGGAUUAUUUCAUCUUCAUUUUCCAGAUAUUAUUCGCCACCACUACUGUUCUCAUGGCGGGGACGGUAGUCGUUGGCAUCUGCGCCACCAGAGCGCUGCGCCUGCAGAACAGGUUCAUCUUCAUGCUCAACACCAGCGUGUGUGACACGCUGGUCGGGUUCUCGGUGUAUUAUCUCGGUCUGUUUGACGUUCAUGAGGGGUAUCCGUCCAGAAAUGGUACCUAUAAUGUCUUGACGUCCCUGCUAGGGGUGAACAUACUGACGUUUCUGUUCGCACAGUUCGACAGGUACUUCGCUGUGUGCCACCCCUUCAUCUACAGCCGCUUCGUGACGAGACACUUCGUGAUCGCCGUCAACAUCUACUGCUGGCUCUAUAACUUCGCCCACCUGCUCGCCCGGAACCUGCUGCCUCUCUCCAAGGCGACGCAGCUGUACGUGUUCAGCAUCGCCUUCUUCCAGCUCAUCGUGCUCACCAAGCUGGUCAUGACCGUCAAGCUGUACGUCGUCGCCAGGUUCCAGCUGGAGAAAGAUCCUCCCAGCGCCGAGAAAGAGAACAAGAAGGAGUCGUUAAAGAUCAUCAUCUUCGUCGUCAUAAGCUUCCUGGUGCUGUGGUGUCCGUCUUUCGUCAAUAUCGUCCUCAGGUUUCUGGGGAGGGGGCUGACGUUUCGGAACGAGGCCACUAAUCUCUUCGCCAUCAUGGCUCGCCUGAACGCCGUGAGCACGCCAGCUGUGUACAUCUGGGGGAGCCCGGCUCUGAGGGAGGCCACGGUGAGGACGGUGUGGGGCAGAGUGUGUCCGAGGUGCAGGAGGAGAAUCGGAUCCUGUCAUGGGAAGGGAGACAGCAAAAACUGACCGGGGUGCUUCAUUCAACUAUAUAUCUGUCUCUCCACUCUUAUAGAUUUAAAUUCAGACAAUAAAAACUGCCCCCCACACACAGCCAGGGUUUUAUUCAAACACUAUCCUCUGAAGUGAUUCUCCUGAAUUUAUUGUUUCAUGUCCCCCAACAGAUCCUGCAGAUUAAACAUCAAGCUGAGAAGAAGUUACACAAUCUGAACAACCUCAAUCAAAAAAAGAAAUAGUCUAAUAAAUAAUCUAAUAUACAUAUAUAAGGUUCAGUUCAAGCUAGGAUGCACAGCUGGCGAGUUGUUUGUUUGAUUCGUACUGCACCACGAAGCAUUUGGUAAAGAAAGUUAUAAUCACAUGAUUCGGUGAUCUGUCUGUUAAUGAGGCUGCAGUGUCGGUGUGCGUGGCGCUGAAACGCACUUCAUGUCGGGCAAACACUGAGUUGUGCAAGUUUGGCACUGAGCACUGCGGUGUUUUUAUUCUGCGGUUAUGUUGUUGUGGGUUUCUAUUUGGGUUUCAGCCUGAAGUCGCUGUUUUAUUUAUUCAUACCAAGUUACCACCCAUGCAGGAACUGAAAACCUGUCUCAGUCGAGACUUGCUCUUUCUUAAGAACAUGAGUCAACUCUCACAUCACGUUAUUAAAAAUGAUUUCAAUGCUGCCUGUGGAAAUGCCCCUGUGUGUGUGUGUGUGUGUGCGCGUGUGUGCGCCACUAAUUCAAGUUUUCUAGGCUUUUGUGUUUUUAUUCAAGAAGAUUCAAGAAAAUUACAGAUGACUUCUAUUAUCCUCAUAGGUCGACUGAUGAAUACACAAACUCUAAUGAACUCAGAGUUCUACUUUUAUCGUCAUGUUUUCUGUGUACUCACACUGACUCUGUGUUUUUAUAUUUUCUCUUCUGCCUUCUUGUUUAACGCACCUGAGACUUUCUUGUUUUUUGGCUUGACUAUUUAUUCUGUGAUAGUGUCUUCCUGCUGUUGUCUGUUCCUCAAAGCACUGUGUAAACACUGUUUUUAAAGGUGCUAUAUAAAUAAAGUUCAUUAUUAUUUAUUCAAAUGAACAAUGAAUAAAUACAGGCCUAUUUUUUUCUCCAAAUGAAAAGAGCUGAAAUUAGCACAUUUUAUUUUUUUGUAAUAUGUAUGAAUGAAGCUGUUGUUUUCAAAAGCUUAUCAGAAGGCAUUGCAGAAUAUAAAGACAAAAGACAAAAUGGUUUUUUGCCAUUCAUCAUUUACCAUUAUUUUAACUUUCUAUACAUUUGUUUCCCCAAACACCACAUUGUAUCAAUCAUGUCUAACUGAACUGCUCCAAACAUGAAGUAUGAAAGUAGAUACAGUUGUUACUGAAUGUUAUGAAGUAAUUAAGUUGAUGUUAAUGAGGU